GAGCCGCCUGGAUGUGUUAGGUGUUGGGAGUCUCCACGAUGCUGAGCUCGGUUAAGAUGGAGGGACACGAGCAUCCAGACUGGAGCGGGAGCGGCUACUACGGAGAAACUGAGUGCUACACAUCAGCUGGGAACAUGAACUCAAUGGGCUACAUGAACGCGCCCAGUAUGACCAGUACCGGGCACAUGAACGCGCAUUACGCACACCCGAUGGGGGUCCCACAGGCCCGGGUCAUGCUGCAGGCCGGGGCCGGGAUGUCGGGCCUCGGAGGCUCCCUGCAGCCGAGCAUGGGCUCCAUCAGCCCGCCGCCGUACGGGAGCCUCCCGGUGGUGAGCCCGGUGUACGGACAGGCCCAGGUGAGAUCCAGGGAACCCAAACCGUACCGGAGGAGCUACACCCAUGCAAAACCUCCCUACUCCUACAUCUCCCUCAUCACCAUGGCCAUCCAGCAGUCCGGGGUCAAGAUGCUGACCCUGAAUGAGAUCUACCAGUGGAUCACAGACCUGUUCCCGUUCUACCGGCAGAACCAGCAGCGGUGGCAGAACUCCAUCCGACACUCUCUGUCCUUCAACGACUGCUUCAUCAAGGUGCCUCGGUUACCGGACAAACCGGGCAAGGGGUCGUUCUGGGCUCUGCACCCGGACUCCGGGAACAUGUUCGAGAACGGCUGCUACCUGCGGCGGCAGAAGAGGUUCAAGACCGGGAGAGGAGGAGAAGGAGGGGAGAAGGAGUCUGAAGGAGGCUCCACCAGCACCACCACCACCACCACCACCACCACCAGUGGGAGUACGCGUUCAGACUCCCCGCACUCCUCCUCCCCAGACUCCCCCACCUCCUCAGACCCAAAGGUCACCGGGGUUGACCUCAAAGUGCCAUCCAGCCCGACGCGCGUCAACUCUCCUUUUACGCAGCACCUGUUCUCCCACCACCACCAGUACCACCACCACCACCACCACCUGAAGCCGGAGCACUACCACCCCCAUUACUCCUUCAACCACCCGUUCUCCAUCAACAACCUCAUGUCGGAGCCGGUGGUGCAGUGGGGGUAUGGCUGUCCGGUGGUGUCCAAAACCGGCCUUGACCCCUCUCACCCCGACGCCAGCUACUACCGUGGGGUGUACAGCAGGCCCAUCAUGAACUCCUGAAGCUCUGGUCUCCACACCGAGAACACCUUGUACAUUUGUGAAUGUGAGAGAGAGAA